GCCCGUGGACGUCUUCAGGCGCCUGGCGGUUCGCGGCGCUAAGAACGCAAUCGAGAAGCGUUCGGGCUGGCGAGCAAAGGCGCGCAUGGCCCUUCAGGGCCGCGACGUCGCCCGCCUGGUGUCGCACCUGCGCGUCAGUGACGAGGGUCGCCGUUUCGCCAUGCUGUGCCUGGCGGCUUACGCAUUCAUCCUUGGGCUACCUUCGGAGGCGCUGCCCGCGGUGCGGUUUGAAAAUGGCGCGGCCGCAGCUUGCGUGGCUUCCGCGUUCGUCGUCGGCGAUCAAGUGAUCGAGCUGCGCCUCUCCGGAAGAAAGAAUCGCGAGAGCCGCUCUGUGUUGGCGCGGCAGUGCUGGCGCGAUGAGUGCGCGGCCACCUGUCCCGUGCACGUUCUUUGGGCCUGGCUAAUUGGCAAGCCAGCUCACCGGCCCGUCUGGGCUGCGUGCUCCCCGGGCGCGGCACGUGCUCGGCUGCGCCGCGCGCUGGGCGACGUGGGGCGCCAUGACGCGGAGUCAUUCGGCACUCGCGUGUCAGGCGCGGGCACGCGCAGGACAUUGCUGCAGGGGGCGGACCGGUCGCCGACCUUCCUCGCGCGGGCGGCUGGCAUCAGCCCGCGUGGAUAA